GCCAGAGGUGUUCAGGAAGGAGGAAGAGGAGGACAGGACUCCUGCAACCAGCAGGAAAGGGGGCGGAGUCAGGCAUGUCUGGGAGGCAGAGCACGCCGUCAUGCAGGAAGAUCUCCUUUCAGCCUGCGCCCUCUGAGCUGCAGAUAAGACGGAAAAGAGGAAAUGAAUGUGAAACACGUGAAGAACAUGUGAGACGUUCUGCAGGAACCAGCAGGAGGAGUGGGAACCUAACCGGCAGGGUUUGAGUCCGUGGCGAAGGAAAACGUUCUCCUCUUCAGCCUCCUGCUUGUCUUCAUGAACCUUCACUUUUUUUCACCUGAAGCUUCUAGAAUCUGAGAUGAUUGCAUGUUCCUGACAGUUCCAAGGCCACAUUUACACCGCAGAGCUAAAGACACUUCAUACGUCUGUGACACGGUUCCCGUAGCGACGGACCCUCCAGAUGUGUGGAAUGAAGCCGGAGCAGAACGUCGCCGCUCAAAGGUCUCCAGCUGAGGAGCCGUGGGAAGAUCUCAUGUUCCUCACCGCCUCUGACACCCAAGAACUCCAGCUGCGGAGGACUGAGGAGUUCCAGAACCCCGGGAGGUGUUUGGGUUCGGGUCAGCCGUGUGACCCCCACGGGGGGGUCAGGAGCCGCAGGAGAACCUCACACGUGGAACACCAGAGGACGGAGGUCGAUCCAGACGUUCGCGGAGGCCAGACGGAUAACUGUCAGCUGGAGCUGGACGUAACCAUGACAACCCCGCUGCCGAGGGUGUGCAGUUUGACUCUGAAGAAGCUGUUCGUCAUGAAGGAACUGGACAAAGAGCUGAUCUCUGUGGUCAUCGCCGUCAAAAUCCAGGGCUCCAAACGCAUUUUGAGGUCCCAUGAGAUUGUGCUGCCCCCUAGUGGGUCUGUGGAGACUGACCUGGCGCUCACCUUUUCCCUGCAGUACCCUCACUUUUUAAAACGGGAUGGAAACAAGCUGCAGAUCAUGCUCCAGAGGAGGAAACGCUACAAGAACCGGACCAUCCUGGGCUACAAGACCCUGGCAGUCGGAUUCAUCGACAUGGCAGAGGUGAUGCAGCAUCCGACCGAAGGUGGCCAGGUUCUGCCGCUCUGCAGCAACCAGAAGGAGCUGCUGGGAAAAGUGGCCGAGAUCCUGAUCUUUUCCCUGUCCAGUCAGCCCAUCGACCACGAGGACGCGGCCCUGCAGGGAGGCCAGAAGACCAAAUGCUCCGACAACUACUCAGAGGAGGAGUACGAGAGCUUCUCCUCAGAGCAGGAGGCCAGCGACGACGCCGUGCAGGGACAGGACCUCGAAGACGACGAAUUUGAUGUCCGAAAGCCGAAGAAGCAGCGCAGGUCGAUUGUGAGGACUCCGUCCAUCACCAGACAGCAGAACUUCAGGCAGCGCGUGGUGGCGCUCCUGAAGCGCUUCCGGGUCUCAGAGGAGGUUCUGGACUCGGAGCAGGACCCAGCGGAGCCGCCUCCUGAGGUGGAGGAGGAGGAUCUGGACCUGGACAGCGUGGAGUUUGAGAACCCCAGCGACAGCGGGCCAGAACUGGAUGACGACGACAGCGUCCUCAGCACGCCAAAACCCAAACUGAAGCCAUACUUCGAGGGGCUCUCGCUCUCCAGCUCCCAGACGGAGAUCGGCAGCAUCCACAGCAGCCGGAGCCACCGGGAGCCUCCGAGCCCGAUUGAUCUGGAAAAGAGCAAAUGCGGCGGAGCCAACUAUCCGGAUGAGAGCGUGUCGGACAACAACGGCUUUGAGCAGCCGGAGGCCGUGACCCCCACCACAGAGCUGGAGAUGGACAACAUGGACACGUUCCUGGAGAGGCUGCCCCCUAGUGGCAAAAUGACAAAAACCGAGUCCCUCAUCCUUUCCUCCAACAGGCAGGAGCCAAAGCUGACGGGCAGGCGGGGCAGGAGUACGUCGCUGAAGGAGCGUCAGCCCAGCAGGCCGCAGAACGAGAGGGCCAACAGCCUGGACAACGAGCGCUCCCUGGACACGCGCUGCCACCUACAGAUUCCGAGAAAGACGGUUUACGACCAACUCAACCACAUCCUGGUCUCAGACAGCCAGCUUCCUGACAGCAUCAUCCUCAUCAACACGUCUGACUGGCAGGGCCAGUAUCUUUCAGACAUGCUGCAGAACCACCACUUCCCGGUGGUUUGUACGUGCACCACCGCCGACAUCCAGGCCGCGUUCAACACCAUCGUGUCUCGCAUCCAGAGAUUCUGCAACUGCAACUCCCAGACGCCGGUUCCCAUCAAGGUCGCGGUGGCAGGAGCGCAGAACUACCUCAGCGCUGUGCUCCGGCUCUUCGUGGACCACCUGUCCCACAAAACGCCGGACUGGCUCAGCUACAUGAGGUUCCUCAUCAUCCCUUUAGGAACGCAUCCGGUCUCCAAGUAUCUGGGAACCAUUGACUGCAGAUACAACAGUCUGUUCCAGGACGCCGCCUGGAGGGAGCUGUUCCACCGGCCGGAGGCUCCUGCUGUCGCUCAGGAGAACCUGGACGUGGUGUCCCGGGUCACGCAGUACAUGAUAGGGGCUAACGGGGCCCACCAGCUGCCCAUCGCCGAGGCCAUGCUCACAUACAAGCAGAAAAGGAAAAAGAGCUUUCAUUUUGAUUUUGCAGUAAGCCCUGAUGAAGACUCCUGUCAGAAAUUCAUCCCUUUCAUCGGGAUGGUGAAAGUGGCCAUAGUGGAACAAACAUCUGCAGCAUCAGGAGACUCUGACGACGCAGCUCCUCUGGGCUCCUCCCUGCUCUCCUCCACCCCUCCGCAGGUGUCGCCCGCCUUCCAGGAGGCGUCGCCCACGCCGCCCUCCUCUCCGUCCGUCAACACCAGCUUCUGCGCCUACAGUUCCAGCAGCCAGCCGGAGCUGAUGGGCCUUCAGGUGGACUACUGGGCGGCUCCGACGGAGAGGAAGAAAGACGUGGAGAAGCGGGACUCCUCCUCCUCCUCCUCCAAAAACACUCUCAAGUGCAAUUUUCGCUUGCUGCAGGUCAGCAGGCUGCCGCUGGGGGGCCCGGAGCCCAGCCCUCAGCCAACCAUGUCCAUGACCGUAGUGACAAAAGAGAAGAAUAAAAAAGUCAUGUUUCUGCCGAAAAAGAGCAAAGACAAAGAGGUGGAGUCGAAGAGUCAGACCAUCGAGGGGAUAAGCCGCCUCAUCUGCACCGCCAAGCAGCAGCAGACCAUGCUGACAGUGCUGAUCGACGGCGUGGAGUGGAACGACGUGAAGUUUUUCCAGUUGGCGGCUCAGUGGUCGUCACACGUCAAGCACUUCCCCAUCGGGAUCUUCGGACACUCCAAAGGCUCCUACUAGGAGACUGGAUCCCGGAGCCCCGCCCCCUUUGCUUUGCCAACCGCUUUUAACCUCCUCACUUCCUGUGCACACUUUACGACGCCGUCUUAAUUUAAGGUUUCUCUCCGCUGUCCCGUUUGUCCGAUUAUUUAAUCUGUUGAGUGUUUUUUUUCUAUUUAUGUCAGCAAAAAUGUGGCUGCUGAGGAAAAGUCUUUACUGUGCUUUUAUAAGAGCAAUCCUGCUGAUGUUUUCUAGACUUAUAGAAAAAAAUCUAAAUGAUUCUUAACCAACUGUUGCCCCGAAGAGGCUUCAAAGGUACGACUUUGCUGUUGUACAUAUUAGAAGAAGCUGCCGUGAUCCAGGAGUGAUAUUUUUCAGACCAAACAUGCAGGAUUUGGACAGCCUAUGAGGUAGUGAUGAGCAAUAGACUGAAUACUGUGUCGGAUCAGAACCAACCUGGUCCUGUUUAGCAGGUCUUGGUGUUGAUGUGCGCUCCAUAAACCCGCCCUUAUCUGGACUCGGUAUGGAAAAGGUGAAUGGAGGUUAGCUUUGUGUUCACAGAGGUUUGGAAAGUCCACUCAUUUCUCUCAUGUCACGUUUUCCCGUGGACUGGGGGGGGGCAAACUAGAGUCUGAAUUGAGAAAAUAACCACUUUUGUGAGGAUGAGCGUUUCCGAUGCCGAACCUUAGAAAAAUGGAGGCUGAAGUUUGCAUUUCGGUUCUCAUUUAAGUUUCAGUCCAAUGUUAGCAGCCUUUCAAACAGUCGUCUCAUGCUUUAUAAUUGACUGUAGAGAAAUGGGCGGGGCUUAAAGAGCCCUUGGCCACCACGGAUGAACCACUGUCUGUGAGAACUGGACUGAGGUGACGUCGCCCAUAGAAAAUGGUUUAUUCCGGUUCCAACCAAAAGAAGUCAAUUCAGUCGCCACGUUUUUGUGACAGACGCCGCCACGUUGGAGCUAGACGUCGUCAGUAAGCAGUGAUUGGUCCGAGUCGGUCUCUAAGACAGCCACUCUGACCAAUCAGGAAGGAGCUUGUUGGAAGGCCACACCCCUACCACUGUGAAAACUGUUUAACAUUUUGAACUUUGGCCGUUGGUGCCAGCUGGCUCCACCUACUUUUAUUGAAGCCUCUGAUUGGUCAGUUUGUAAUUUGAAUCACAGAAAAAGCAUGUAAUGAAAACAAAUUAGGAUUAUCAAGAAUAUGUAAAAAAAAAAAAAGUAAAAGCGACAGAACCGCCAAAUGUUUUGAGCGUUGGACGUGGCAGCUAGCAGGCUUCUUUUUGAAACCAGCCUCUAGUGGUCGUUUGAGGUACUUCAACAUCAACCCUGCCGGGUGGGCUGUAAAUAUGUUUAAGCCUCAGCAAACAUUCGCAUUAUAAAAACGUUUUUUCAAAUGUCACAGUAAAGCGAUGAGAUGACUUCAACAUAAGGCUAAAUUGGGACUGAACCAUCUUUGGUUCCUCCUGGAGGUUUGGGUCACAUCGGUUCUGCGUAGCUCAGCUUAGCAACAGCAGUGAGGCUAAUUAAUGACCUUCAGCCCUUUGCCAACAUAUUUAGCAUUCAUUUAAUGAACAUGAACCAGCAGUAGCUUAUUUUUGAACCCACCGACAGUAGCUGAGGUAGUCCAGUCCGGAGAAUUUAAAGAGGAAAAACUAGUUCAUAGGAAGUAGCAAUGAAAAAACAAACAAACACAACUCUUUGGGUUUUCAACGUGUAACACCACAAAGUCGUACCGUCAGCGUUAAAGACAUAUUUACUACUAUUUGAAUUAAAGGGAAAGUAGUUAACUGCUUGCUAGCAAAGAAUUAGCUCUUGUAGGUUUUAUAGACUCCUCAACCUUUAGUCUCUUAGCUGAGGAAACAGUUUCUGCAUCCAGAAUCCCUCCUGAAAGCGUACUAGUGCAGGACUAUCCAGUGUUCUGCUUUAAUGUCAUUCAGACAUUUUUAGUGUCGAAGUAAAACCUAAUAAAUGUGAACAUUUUAUGAAGACUAUUGUGUUCUGAUGAUGAUGAAAAAUACAUUUACAAGCAUUUUUUUUUAAUGAUAAACCGUUGAAACACAAUAAUUGUGGUCCAUAUUUGCCAGUCUAUUAAACAUGGAGGCUCAUUUAGAGACUUUGGAGGAAUUUCCAGGACACUGGAUUUGGAGAUUCAGACAGUCCAUCAGAACUAUGGAGUGAUAUUUAUGCGUUGCACACUUUCUAAGUUGCAAAUGAAAAUAUUAAAUAUUUGCUUUCAAAAAACAUUUUUUGCCUUCAAUGUUUUUUUUUUGUUGCUUUAAAAAAAAAUGUUUGCGUUUGCAACACAAAUGUUUCUGCAUGCAGUGUCUCAUCUCGUUUUUUUUCCUAUCUUUGAUUUUGCUCGCAUAGGUUUCAGUUUGGCGUGACAUUUCUGUCAUCCCACAGCUGCUGAUUGGUCUGCUUUAACUCUAUCUCUCUUUUUUGUUUUUAAAAACUGAUCUUAAAGAAAAUCACACUUUCUACCAAUAUUUUGCUCCGGAGGAUUCACAGAUCUCACACAGAGGCCUGUUGCGUAAUGUCAGCAGAUAAACUUUGUCGUUUAUUUUACUGUUUCAGGAGAUAAAUUCACAAAUCUAAGUAAAAAAUGAUUUAUGUUAAAAAAGAAAGAAAGUUUGAAUUAUUGUUAAAAUGAUUGAAAAUGAAAUUUUCUUCAUCCAAAGAGUUAAUAUCGAGGGGAAAAGGAGUUUGUUCUGUUUCUGAGCCUCAGCAGCAGACACCAUGUUAGAUCAAUACAGCGAUUUGAUUGGUUAGAAUCUGGACCAAUCAGCAGCUGUUUGAUGGCAGCUUUGUCACGCUAAACGGAAACUAAUAUCAGCAAAAUCAAAGAUAGGAAAAAAGUAAGAUGAGACACAACGCACGCGAAAAGAUAUGUGUUGCAAACGCAGAAAUAUUUUUUGAAAGCAAAAAAUAAAAAUAGUGAAAAAAAAUGUUUGAAAGGAAAAAAUAUGAAAGCAGUAAAAAAUUGGGAAAGCAAAGAAAAAGUAUUUAAAGUAAAUAUUUAACAUUUCAUUAAAUAACGUAGAAAGUUUUGUGUGCAGCCUGAUGGCAUAAAUAUAACUCCAUACCAACUGUCACACGGACUAAAAGGAGCGCUGAGUAAUGAAGGAAUUUGGACACAACCAUUACACUGAGUAGUGUGUGUGUGUUUUUUACCCAUAAUUCUUGUGUUGCACUCCAUACCUUUUGUUAAUCUGUUUUAUUGCAUCUUAAUAUUUACCUGUUUGGUAAUCCAGGCAGGUAAGGCAGUGACAUUACAUAGAAGUGAAUGUAUUUGAAUGGAAAGCACUUUUCAAUGUGUUAAACAUCAGUGUGUUCAUCUGCAGGUAUGACCCCCCCCCACAGUGUUUCUUCAGCUGAGCGCCUGGUUGCUCGCUUUACUCUAAUACUUUGAGGUUUUCUGAGAAUGUGUGACUUAAUAGAUCAGCAUUUUUAUUUGACGGUGAUGCCAAAAACAAACAGAAAGACAAACAAACCCACCUUCUCCAAGUUGCAGUUUGAUCGAAUCCUUUGCCAACGUUUAAGUGCCUAAAUUGCUUCGUUUUGACAAAUCAAUAAGUAAAAGUUCCAGGUUCCAACGGUGCUGAUUCUGGACCGACGAUGGCGGUUUCUUUCUCGCGGCUCGUUCCUGUUGAAAGUCAGACACGCCUGUCCGUGUCGGCGGUGACGGUCAGGCUUGCUGAAAACACGGUUCAUGUUGAGCUUUUCCUCGUUUCUCCAUGUAGAAGGUGUUUAGAUUUAUCAUGGCAUCUCCAGAAAGACUUGUUGAAACUCAAAGUUCCUUUAAGACUACCACUGUAAUCCCUAAAGAUGGGAGUAAUAAACUACUAUACUCACUGAAA